GUUGGAUUGCACAGCACUGCGCUCCAUUGCCGGUUUUUUUUGCGACUGUUCUCGCGCCAUUGACGGCCUUUUCUGCGACUGUUCUUUGGUCGUGCUUUCCCCGGCAGACCCCACAGACAGCUCCUGCUGCUUCCGCGAGCGCUGCCUCCGCAAUGGUAGCUUAGCUCUCCCCCGCCAGAUCGCAAAGAAGGAACGACCCAGGCACACGGCACAUCGCGAGCACACCCACAGUACACAAUGGCCGACACAGAGCCUUCGCCAGGCUCACCCGAGGCCGAGGAUAGGUGGCCCGGCGGCCAGACGCAGCAGGAACCACCCGCCGCAGACCAGGACGAGGACACGCACCACGACACCACCGCGGAAGACGCAGACGGGCACGCCCCGCAGACGCCGUCAGACAUGCCCACGCCCACGCCACCGACGCCCAAGCUCCACGUGCCUGAGCCUGAGGAAUCAGACUCGCGGCGCACCGCCGAGUUCUUCGACCAGCGCAUGCACAGCGACGCGCGGCCACGCACCGAUUCACAGUCCACGGCAGCCACGGCUGCAACAACCGCCACGAGACCCUCGACACGGAGCUCGCUGGUCUUCGUCAUCACCGCGCUGGAAACCAUAGCUGCGUCCAAGGAUGCGAAGAAGAACAAGAAGCUGGGCGACUCGGUCGCAACUGCCUUGGCAGCUAUCAAGGCAGAGGGCGACCCGUCGCGCAUCAACCCCGAGAUCCUCUUCGAGCCGCUCCAGCUAGCCUCCGAGGCUCCCUCUGUCCCCGUCUCCAUCGCUGCGCUCGACUGCAUCGGCAAGCUCAUCAGCUACUCGUACUUCUCCGUGCCUUCGGAGCAGCAGGGCGACACCGAGGCUGUGCCCCUCAUUGAGAAGGCCAUAGACACAAUAUGCGCAUGCUUCCAAGGCGAGGCGACGCCGCCGGACGUGCAGCUGCAGAUCGUCAAGUCCUUGCUGGCCGCCAUAUUGAACGACAAGAUCGUGGUUCAUGGUGCUGGACUGCUGAAGGCUGUGCGGUUGACCUACAACAUCUUUCUCCUGUCCAAGUCGAGCGCCAAUCAGCAGGUUGCGCAGGGUGCAUUGACACAGAUGGUAGGCACCUGCUUUGAAAGGGUCAAGAGUAGGCUGGUAGCGAAGGAAGCUAGGCUCAAUCUCUCCCGCGUUUCGUUGAACGACAAGGGCAACUCAGAAGAGAAUGUACACGAGUACGACGACGAUGAAGGCGAGCAUACGAACGGUACCGGGGAUGCCGCAGAAGGUGCCGAGGAAGAACAAGACGACCCUGAGUCCGGCGAGCCUAGCGACAAGCCAGUAGACGUGCACACCGGACCCAAAAUCACGCUGCAGAGCUUUGAGAACAACAUGAGCUUCAACGACGAUCGCAUACACGACAACGCACCGACCUUGGUAACACGGAUAAAGGGCAAGCAAGGGUCACGACAUGUGUCCGGUGUAGAAGCUUCGCCGAUUCCUCAGGAGGCCGACGAAGAGGAGGAAGACGAGAUAUUCGUAAAGGAUGCCUAUCUUGUUUUCCGCGCCAUGUGCAGGCUGAGCACCAAGACCCUGGCGGUCGAUCACGCCCUGGAUGUAAAGUCGCAAGGCAUGCGCUCGAAGCUACUGUCCCUUCACAUUAUCCAAACCAUCUUACACAACAACAUUGCAGUCUUCGUAUCACCAUAUGCAACGAUAAGAAGCGGCAGUGGCGAUGAGCCCACUACGUUUGUACAGGCCAUCAAGCAAUACCUUUGCUUGAGCUUAAGUCGCAACGGUGCGAGUUCCGUCAAUAAGGUUUUCGAGGUGGCGUGUGAAAUAUUCUGGCAAAUGCUCAAAUACUUGCGCGUUAUGCUUAAGAAGGAAGUUGAGGUAUUCAUGAAGGAGAUCUACCUGGCCAUUUUGGACAAGCGGAGUGCACCCGCAUUCCAAAAACAGUACAUCCUGACUGUCUUCCGACGGCUAGCAGCUGAUCCCCGCGCUUUGGUAGAAAUGUACCUCAACUACGAUUGCGAUCGUACCGCGCUCGAUAACAUGUAUCAGCGUGUCGUUGAGCAUCUUUCCAAGAUAUCUAGCACACCGGUCACAGUGUCGCCUAUGCAGCAACAAGCCUAUCAGGAACAACGCGAGAAGCAGUCAAAAGCCUCGGAUUGGCAGAGCAGGGGAACUUUGCCUCCUUCUUUAUCUACUGCGUCAAUGAACGUUCCUCACGAAGGCGAGCACGCGUAUCCGCCAGAAUAUGCGAUGAAACAAGAAUCCUUGGAAGGACUAGUGGAGAUUUUGCGAUCGUUGGUGGACUGGUCAGAACAAUCUGCCCCCAAUGCGGCUAGAAACUCGAACGUGGAUCUGAGGGGUUCGGUGGACAACCUCAGGGCCUCCAUCGACAACAGAACCAUAUCCGAAUCUCCGAUGGUGGGAGGAGACUCCGGGACUGUGACACCAAUGAUGGAGGACGACUACGGCGAGUUGGAGAAGGCAAAACAGAAAAAGACGGCUCUGACAAGGGCUGUUCGAGAGUUCAAUUACAAACCCAAGCGCGGUCUGAAAACGCUGAUCAAAGAAGGAUUCAUCGCGUCAGACUCCCCCGACGACAUUGCCAGGUUCUUCCACGAGACCGAUCUCCUAGAAAUGGGGCCGCUUGGUGAAUUUUUGGGAGAAGGUGACCCCGAAAACAUUGCGAUUAUGCACGCUUUCGUGGACCAAAUGGAUUUCAACAAGACGCGCUUCACUGACGCGCUGCGACGUUUCCUCCAGAGCUUCCGACUACCGGGCGAAGCCCAGAAGAUCGAUCGAUUCAUGCUCAAGUUCGCCGAAAGAUAUAUCACCGGCAACCCGAAUGCCUAUGCCAAUGCCGAUACCGCGUAUGUUCUUUCAUACUCAGUCAUCAUGCUGAACGUGGAUCAGCAUAGCAAGAAAAUGAAAGGGCCUCGAAUGACACCAGAGGACUUCAUUAAAAACAAUCGAGGUAUCAACGACGGCGCUGACCUGCCCGAAGACUACCUCCGGAGCAUCUACGAGGAGAUUGCUCACAAGGAAAUCGUGCUGGAAACAGAGCAAGAAGCAGCAGCAGACAAAGGUCUCAUACAGCCCCAGCAGCAAGGAGGUCUCGCCGCAGUUGGUCAAGCCUUGAUUGGCGGCGGGCGGGAUCUUCAGAGAGAGGUCUACGUGCAGGCAUCCGAGGCGAUGGCGAACAAGACCGAGCAAUUGUAUAAGCAGCUCCUUCGCGCUCAGCGAAAGACCACAAGGGCACUGCCAGUCUCCAAGUUCAUUCCUGCCUCCUCCUCUAAACACGUGGGACCCAUGUUCGAGGUCACCUGGAUGCCUUUCCUUACCGCACUGUCCGGCCAAGCCCAAGACCAUAAUAUUGAGAUUGUGAGGCUCUGCAUUGAAGGCAUCAGACUUGCCAUUCGCAUCUCGUGCAUCUUCGAUGUGGAGAGUGCCCGGCAAGCCUUCGUUGCAUUCUUGGCUCGCUUCACUAAUCUCUAUAAUCUGAGCGAGAUGAAAGCCAAGAACAUGGAAGCUCUGAAGGUUUUGAUUGAGAUCGCCAAUACAGAGGGCAACCUCCUGAGGGAGUCUUGGCGCGAGGUGCUUACCUGCGUCUCCCAGCUCGACCGCUUCCAGCUAAUCUCAGCCGGUAUCGACGAGCGCUCAGUGCCCGAUGUCUUGAAGACUCAAUCGCCAGGUGGAGCACAGUCCCGGAAAUCGCUCAACGUACCAAGCAACAGACGAAGACAGAUCUCACAUACGAACAGCAUGCAGUUCCAAGCGGAUGUUGCUGAGGAGAGUCGGUCUACUGACGUAGUGAGAGGUGUUGACCGGAUAUUCACGAGCACUGCCAACCUUUCUGGAGAGGCCAUUGUCGACUUUGUCAAGGCGUUGACGCAAGUCAGCUGGCAAGAGAUCCAAUCGUCCGGUCAGAGCGAAUCGCCCCGCACGUACAGCUUGCAGAAACUCGUGGAGAUCAGCGGUUACAACAUGACCCGUGUGCGUUUCGAGUGGACGAAUAUCUGGCAGAUUCUUGGGGCGCACUUCAAUGAGGUCGGCUGUCACACCAACACGAAUGUCGUCUACUUUGCUCUCAACUCGUUGCGGCAAUUGUCAAUGAAGUUCAUGGAGAUUGAAGAACUUCCUGGUUUCAAAUUUCAGAAGGAUUUUUUGAAGCCGUUUGAGCACAUCAUCAGCAACGCUAGCGUCGUGUCGGUCAAAGAUAUGGUGCUACGUUGUCUCAUUCAAAUGAUCCAGGCGCGAGGCGAGAACAUUCGCUCCGGAUGGAAGACCAUGUUUGGAGUUUUCACUGUGGCUGCACGUGAGCCAUACGAGGGCAUCGUCAACCUGGCGUUUGAGAACGUAUCGCAGGUCUACAACACGCGAUUCGGUGUUGUGAUUUCGCAGGGCGCAUUCGCAGACCUGAUUGUUUGCCUCACCGAGUUCUCCAAGAACUACAAAUUUCAGAAGAAGUCUCUUCAAGCUAUUGAGUUACUGAAGUCAUCAGUACCGAAGAUGCUGCGGACCCCAGAGUGUUCACUCUCGGCCAGGGCAGGAUUUGUCAAAGAGUCUGAGAAAGGCUCAUCAAUACCCAAGCAACCGACUCGGCAGACGCAAGAAGAACAGUUCUGGUUCCCUGUCCUGUUCGCGUUUCACGAUGUCUUGAUGACAGGCGAAGAUUUGGAGGUCCGAUCAAGAGCAUUAAGCUACCUCUUCGAAACUUUGAUCACCUACGGUCGCGACUUCCCGCGGGACUUCUGGGAUAUGCUCUGGCGACAGCUUCUAUACCCCAUCUUUAUGGUAUUGAAGUCGAAGUCAGAGAUGUCGAAAGUUCUAAAUCACGAAGAACUGUCUGUUUGGCUUUCCACAACCAUGAUCCAGGCUCUACGAAACAUGGUCCGGUUGUUCACUCACUUUUUUGAGUCGCUGGAGUACAUGCUGGACCGGUUCCUAGAUCUUCUAGCACUGUGCAUAUGUCAAGAAAACGAUACACUUGCGCGGAUAGGCAGCAAUUGCUUGCAGCAAUUGAUCCUGCAGAACGUCCAGAAGUUCACACCCCAACAUUGGAAUCAAAUCGUUAGGGCAUUUGUCGACCUUUUCGUACGAACGGAAGCAACCGCUCUGAUGUCUGCUGCCACGGCAGGCACGCCAUCUCACUACCAAACCCCGAAUGGCUCCAACGGGGUAGACGGCGAGAAGACGCCCACAGCGAGUGCGCAUCCGAAGGACCUUACGCUCGGGACUCCGGGCGCAGAAGAGUCAACGAGUAAUAACGCCCUUGGGAUCAACGGCCUUAACAGCCCACGUCGGCCUUCGGUCGUAACGAACGAUUCCCAAAAUUCUCUCGCUGCGGAGCAGGCUCGCAUGCCAUCCCCACUCCCCAAGCGUCAAACGCAAGAACUCGAGGACUAUCGACCCGAGGACCAAGACGUCCCACAGCCACCCGUGGUCGUCACCGCCGCCCGCCGGCGCUUCUUCAACCAAAUCAUCACCAAAUGCGUCCUGCAGCUCCUUAUGAUCGAGACGGUCCAAGAGCUCUUCACCAACGACGCCGUCUACGAGAAGAUCCCCUCGGGCGAGCUCCUCCGCCUGAUGGCCGUCCUCAAGAAAUCAUAUCACUUCGCCAAGCGCUUCAACGCGGACCGCGACCUGCGCACGCGGCUCUUCCGAGAGGGCUUCAUGAAGCAGCCGCCCAACCUGCUCAAGCAGGAGUCCGGUUCUGCAUCAGUGUACGUCAGCAUCCUCUUCCGCAUGUACCACGACACGUCGACCGACCGCGCGGCCUCCCGCGCCGACACCGAAGCCGCGCUCAUCCCGCUCUGCGAGGACAUCAUCGCAUCCUACAUCGAGCUCGACGAGGAGACGCAGCAGCGCAACAUCGUCACCUGGCGCCCCGUCGUCGUCAGCGUGCUCGACGGCUACGGUAACUUCCCUGCCGGCGAGUUCGAGAAGCACAUUGAGGUGUUCGCGCCACUGGUCGUCGGCCUGCUGGGCACCGAGAUGGCGCAGGACAUUCAGCGCGCGGUGCAGGCGCUGGUCAUGCGGGUUUUUGAGAGCAAGAUGGGAAUCAAGAGGGAAGGCGUGGCGCUUAUGACGCCAGCGGUCGGGGGGCGGAGUCCCAGGGGCAGUUUUGGGAGUCCGAAGGUGGAGCGGCGGGCAAGUCGGGGGAAAUAAGGAGCGGCGCGAGAUGGGGUGGGCCGCAGGGUGUUGUACUUGCCUUGACUUGCGUCUGUAGCGUUUACCAGUUCUGUUCUCACGUGAAGUGCGUUUUCGAUUCAUCAUCAAAAGAGGUAGAUUGUGCGCGGGGGCGUUUUGUAUAUUAUAUCACUUAUUGUUGUUGCGGAAAUGUAGGGAGUGCUGGUGUCUGGAGAGCAGAGGCGAG